AUGCCUCAAGAUCAAGGCGAUGCAGCUAGUCGAAUAACAUAUGAACGUUUUCUUGAAUUUGAACGUUUAAUGAAAGGAUAUACUUCAACAAAAUAUCAACCUUAUAAUGCAGCACCAAUCGGUUAUUGUGCUUUUGGCUUAACAUUAUUUGUUUAUUCAUUUUACAUGGCUGGUGCAACUGUUCCCAUUGGAACUUCACCUCAUGUUGCCAUGGGUCUUGCACUUUUCUAUGGUGGUUUAAUCCAAUUUCUUGCUGGUUUAUUUGAAUUACGCAUAGGAAAUAACUUUAAUGCACUUCUAUUUUGUUCUUAUGCUGGUUACUGGUUUGGACUUGGUGCACUUUAUGCAUAUACAUUUUCCUUUUUAACUAACUUAACCACCGAUUCAAGUGUACAAUAUAAAGCAUUAGGUGUUUUCUAUCUUGCAUGGACAAUAUUUACAAUACUUAUGUUAAUUGCAUCAAUUCGAAAAAAUAUAGUUUUAGUAGUAUUUUUCUUUUUUUUAAUGUUAGUUUAUGUUUUAUUUACAGCAAGUUAUUUUCAAUUAUGGGAUCAAAAUUUAUCACGUGCUGGUGGAGCUUUUGGAAUAGUGACAGCAAUAAUUCUUUGGUAUAUAGGAUUUGCAAGUUUAAUGAUAAAAGGUGAAAAUUCAUAUUUCGAACUACCAACGUUUGAUUUAUCACCAAAAACUGGAGAAUCUGCAGUUGAAGUUCGUAAAGCAUAA